AUGCAUUAUAACAAAGCAGACUCCACAGGAGGAAGGAGCAACAGCAACUCCAUUUCCUCAAAGCUGAUUAAUAAGACGUAUGUCCUGUCAAUGAACCUGUGCGAUUACGUCAUAAGGCCCCUCCUGUUUUACUGUUUCACGCCCCUCAUAUUUGGAUACGGACUUUACUACAAUGACGAAUUUACACUGAACCCAUACUCCACAGGAGGAAGGAGCAACAGCAACUCCAUUUCCUCAAAGCUGAUUAAUAAGACGUAUGUCCUGUCAAUGAACCUGUGCGAUUACGUCAUAAGGCCCCUCCUGUUUUACUGUUUCACGCCCCUCAUAUUUGGAUACGGACUUUACUACAAUGACGAAUUUACACUGAACCCAUGUAAACUAAUCCCAAAAAUAUUAAUAGGCUAA